UAAAGCUUUUACAAAAAAGGAAACCCCCCGCUUGAACCGGGCGGCUCCAGUGAAAAACGAGCCCCUCGUCCUGUGCCACAUCUUCCACCGAAUCAUCUGUUGCUUCUGUGGAAAAUGUUUUGGCAAUGAAAACUACCGAAGGGAUUAUUAUUAAAAGAAGACAAUAUUGUCAGCGAUUUAUAAUUCCCCGAACCAACGAAAGUCUCUUGAAGUAAAGGCGUACUCAUACUGAUCUUGUUUUCCACUUUCUACCCUUUGGUAGGAGUGAGGUUAGCGGAUACUCAGCCGAUGCGGAUUUAUAAUCAGCAGCACCCCACUGUUUACUAAAGGAGCCCAGGGGCCCAUGCUGCCAGGGGCCCGUGCUGCCAAGGGACCGCCCAGGAGCCAGGGGACCGCCCAGGACAGGGGUCGUUGUGGGGGGGGGGGGGGGGCUCAAGCCAGCCAGCACAAAGAGACGCCGGGUAGAGCUGGUCCAUCCAUCCGUCUCCCUGUUUGUUUGUCUCUGUGUCCGUCCGUCUGCGUGCGAUACGAGGGGCCCGCCACCGCGGCAUCAUGGGAAAGCAGAACAGCAAACUGCGGCCCGAGGUCCUGAACGACCUGAGGGAGAACACCGAGUUCUCGGACCACGAGCUGCAGGAGUGGUACCGGGGCUUCCUCAAGGACUGCCCCACGGGCCACCUCACCGUCGACGAGUUCAAGAAGAUCUACGCCAACUUCUUCCCGUACGGCGACGCCUCAAAGUUCGCCGAGCACGUCUUCCGCACCUUCGACACCAACGGCGACGCCACCAUCGACUUCCGGGAGUUCAUCAUCGCGCUGAGCGUGACGUCCCGCGGCGGCCUGGAGCAGAAGCUGCGCUGGGCCUUCAGCAUGUACGACCUGGACGGGAACGGCUACAUCAGCCGGGCCGAGAUGCUGGAGAUCGUCCAGGCGAUUUACAAGAUGGUGUCAUCGGUGAUGAAGAUGCCCGAGGAUGAAUCAACACCGGAGAAACGGACGGACAAGAUCUUCCGACAGAUGGACACUGACAAUGACGGGCGGUUGUCCCUGGAGGAGUUCAUCAAAGGUGCCAAGAGCGACCCCUCCAUCGUCAGGCUGCUGCAGUCCGACCAGGGGACGUCUCGCCAAUUCUGAAGACACUAGAGAGCUUGAUGGUCCACACACACGGUCAAAGAAAGUCCCCUUCUCAGUCCCACUAGCAUAACAUCGUGGGAUUGAUGUCUUCCUCUUUGUGUACUGGGCACCGCUGACCGGAGGUCACUAACACACACACACACACACACACACACACACACAAUAAGACACGUCCAUAGUGAUACGCAUCGAGACAGAAGACUCUGCCAGUAUUUGGUCUCCAUGCUCCACACGAUGUCCAGGGUAAUCCUCGGCCGCUGUUUAAACAGAAUAAAUUGGUCCACAUAAACACACAUAGGACCAGAGGACAGUUUAAUGGCGUACCCUUGAUAAAUGUCACCGCAUGUCUUAAUGUUUACAUGACGAUAUAUUUAUCUAUGCUGUAUUAAUAUUGCUCUCCUUUCCAUCUCUCUGUUGGGCUAUUACAUGCUUGGUCUAUUGGAACCUUUUCUUACCCCCGAUACCUUUCCUUGAGAUAUUUUCUCCUGCUUUAAAGUGCCAUCUUGGAUAAAUAUUUGUACUGUUCAGAAUGUAUUUACAGUACAAUGCAAGUAUUAUGACUAUAUGAUUCAACUAAGAGGAGCCCUGAUUGACUGAACGUUAGAUGGCGUUAGUAGAAGCUCUUUGAGAUGAGUGUAUCAGCAGGAACUACAAGGGCCGUGAUUGGUCAGUAGUUGCUCUCUUUGCCUUUGGUAUUUGCAUGCGCUCUGUAACUGCGACUGCAGCAUUUACAGAUAUUUUAAUUUUUCCGUUUAUAUGAAAUGUGGAAGCAUGUUUUUAUUCCUUUUUAUUUUUGUAACAAAAAUGUCAUUUUGUUUUCACACAAUUGAAAUAAAGUCGUGUAAGAAAAAUCUA